UUUUAUUCACAUUCCAAAGUCAGUGUUUGUCGUUAUUGUCAUUGCAAACAUCGUGUAUAAACAUAAAAGUGGAAUAGCUUGUAUAUGUGAACCGGACUUUAAAAAAGCGAAGCAAGUCCUUUAGCAGGCAUAUACAAUGGCGGAACUAGAGGCAAAAUCCUCCGCAUUUUUAUUAGUAACAGGACCCCGAGUCUCUUCCUCAAGCGAUCUGUUUUCGGAUUCCGACAAAAUAAGUGACAACUUUCGAAAACUAUCUGUCAACCCCGAUCAGUUUCACUCUUUAGAAGACGUGAGGUCUGCUAUAAAGAAGCAAGGAUUGGAAACUUGCAACAUUAUCUUCGCAAUUGAUUAUACCAUCAGCAAUGUGACAAAUGGCAGCAAAACAUUUUGUGGAAAAAGUCUUCAUGACUUGUCGGGAGUUAAUCCAUAUCAAAAGAUGAUAACUGCAAUCGGUGAAACAAUUGACCCAAUGAGAGGAGAGAUUGAAUACAUACAUGCAUUUGGCUUCGGAGACAAUGAAGUGAAAGACAAACGUGUCUUUCCGCUAAGCCAGGAACCGUGUUCUUCAUUUUACGACAUUCUGGGUGCAUAUAACACAAAAACAAAAGAAGUAAAGUUUGGAGGUCCCACAAGCUUCGUACCUGUUAUAGCUGAAGCAAUACGCAUAGUAAAGGAAACGGGCAAGUACCACAUACUUAUAAUAGUUGCUGAUGGUCAAGUCAACGAAGAGCACAGCAGUCUCAAGGCAAUCAUCGAAGCCUCCGACUAUGCCCUCUCUAUUGUGGUGAUAGGAGUCGGAGACGGACCAUGGGGAGUUAUGGAAGAAUGGGAUGACCUGGAGAAUUUCAACAACAAGGUAGCGGCAAGAGGAUUAUCUACCAGAAGAUUUGACAAUGUUCAGUUUGUGAAUUACCACGAAAUCACCCACGAGGCAAAGAAUCCCGACGUUGCACUAGCGCUGGCCACACUAAUGGAAAUUCCAGAUCAGUACAAGUUUAUCAAGGAAAACAUUUUAGUUAAUGUUUAAUGUAUAUCAAGGAAAACAUAUUAGUUAAUGUUUAAUGUAUAUCAAGGAAUCAUUUAUUUAAUGUGUAAUGUAUAUCAAUGAAAACAUAUUAGUGAAUGUUUAAUGUAUAUAUAGGAAAACAUAUCAUUUAAUGUUUAUUUAUAUCAAGGAAAACAUAUAAGUAAAUGUUUAAUGUAUAACAAGAAAAACAUAUAAGUGAAUGUUAAAUGUGUAUCAAGGAAACAUAUUAAUUAAUGUUUAAUGUAUAUCAAUG